AUGGUCGUUGCUCGUGAUGCGCGGUUUGAGGUGACCUGGAAGGCCGAGGAUGCGGAAAAUCCUCGGACUUGGCCAGUCUGGUACAGAAGGUUCAUUGUGGCCGCAAUGUCUUUCUCCACAACUAUCGUAGUAAUAUACACGACAAUGUACACCUCUGGUGUGGAUGGGAUGCAAAAGGAAUUCAACGUCUCCUCGGAGACCGUCGUACUCCUGGGAUUGACAACGAAUCUCUUUGGGCUUGCUCUUGGAUCGGUCGUAUUGUCUUCUUUGUCAGAGAUCUACGGUCGUCGUCCAGUCUAUCUCAUCUCUGUUUUAUUGUUUGGCAUCCUGAUUUUACCCGUGGCUCUCGCUAGAAAUAUCGAAGCAGUUCUCAUAAGCAGAUUUUUUGGGGGCUUUUUUGGUGGUACCAUGAUUGCCAGUGCCCCAGGUACUGUCACUGAUGUGACGAAUGAGCAACAUCGCGCCUUGGCCUUAAGUUGCUGGAGUCUUGGGACAAUGAAUGGUCCUGUUCUUGUCAAAGAGACAUAUGCGCCAGCUCUUCUCCGAAAACGAACGAAGAAAAUACAACAUGAGACAGGCGAUCAAAGAUGGUGGUGUCUAUAUGAUCAUGAAGAGACCGGCUUUGAGAUCAUAAGGACAAAUUUGAUUCGGCCAUUCCGCAUGAUUGUCUCUGAGCCAAUUUGUAUUUUCUGGAAUCUUUACGUUGGUGUGGUCUAUGCCGUUCUCUUCCUGUGUUUUGUGGCCUAUCCGAUAGUGUUUCAAGAGCUCCGUGGCUGGGCGCCAGGCCUUGCUGGACUUAGCUACUGUGGUAUUGGAACAGGAACUGCAAUCGCUGUGACAUUGGAGCCACUGAUUCGAAGAUGUAUUGCCAUGCAUCCGCGAGAUUCGAUGACAGGACGCCCUACCCCUGAAGCAGCUGUGUUUGCUGUAUGUGUGGGAAGUUUUCUGAUCCCAAUCGGAGAGUUCUGGUUCGCUUGGACCGCGCGACCACCUAUUCACUGGAUAUGGCCUAUUCUUGCCGGUCUCCCGUUUGGAAUUGGCAACGGUCUGGUUUUCAUAUAUGCCACUAACUACAUAGCUGGAAGCUACACUGUGUAUGCGGCAUCUGCACUUGCCGGAAAUUCGAUAGUGCGAUACGGCCUGGCUGGAGUUCUACCGCUUGCUGGAUCUAAGUUGUAUAGCACUUUGGGUGCUAAUUGGGCUGGGACUAUGUUGGCACUUAUCGAGGUGACAUUAAUUCCCAUUCCAUUUAUCUUCUACAAGUACGGUCAUAAGAUCAGAGUGCAAAGUCCGAUGAUCGUGAAGGGUUUUUAA